AUGUACAAAAUGCAGAGUAUUCUUUCUAUAAGCCGAAAGCUUAUGAAAUUAAACCUAAAUGUGAACAUAGAAAAACCACGUCUUUUUAGUACACUUCAAGACAUCUCAAUGAAAAAGAUUUUACAGGUUUAUAAUCCAGUAAUAAAUCCUAUCUGUGGUUUUAAAGUAAAAGGCCGCGUCAGAAGACGUUGUAAAUCAUGUUACUUUGUUUUCCGAGAUCAAAGAAAAUAUGUGAUAUGCCCUGAACACCCACGACACAAACAGAUGGCAAUGAAACCUAAACCUCAUAAUACUUGGAUUUUAACACAUGCUAGUCAGAGCCCCGUAAGACCAUGGUAG